AUGGAGCCCGUGUAUGCUGCCGCGGACCACGGCACCAACGGCUCCGGCUCCGGCCUGACCCUGAACCCGGCGGCGGUGGCGCAGCGGGCGCUCAGCCUCGUCGGCGCGUCCACGCCGCUGUCGUCCACGCCGCCGGCGUACGGGAACAUCGUCACCGUGCUGAGCAUCGACGGCGGUGGCGUGCGCGGGAUCAUUCCCGGCACCAUCCUCGGCUUCCUCGAGGAGAAGCUGCAGGAGUUCGACGAGCGACCGGACGCGAGGCUCGCGGACUACUUCGACGUGAUCGCAGGGACGAGCACCGGCGGGCUGGUGACCGCCAUGCUCACGGCGCCAAACAAGGACGGCCGCCCGCUGUUUGCCGCCAAGGAUAUCAACGACUUCUACCUCAAGCACUGCCCCAAGAUCUUCCCACCCAACAGCAGCGGCGGUCCUCUGGGAUUGUUCAAGAAGUUGUCGGGGCCCAAGUACGACGGCAAGUACCUCCACUCCCUCGUCCGGGAGCUCCUCGGCGAGACGAGGGUCAGCCAGGCGCUCCAGAACAUCAUCAUCCCCACCUUCGACAUCAAGCUCUUGCAGCCCACCGUCUUCUCCAAAUACGAUGCCAUUAACGAUGUCUCCAAGGACGCUCUGCUCUCCGACGUGUGCAUCAGCACGUCCGCCGCGCCGACGUACCUCCCAGGGCACCAGUUCGAGACCAAGGACAAGGACGGCAAGCCCCGGGUCUUCAACCUCAUCGAUGGAGGCGUCGCAGCUAACAAUCCGACGCUGCUGGCGAUGACGGACGUGAGCAAGCAGAUCCUGCUGGGCAACCAGGACUUCUUCCCGAUCAAGCCGGCGGACUACGGCAAGUUCAUGGUGCUGUCCCUGGGCACCGGCUCCGCCAAGGUGGAUGAGAAGUUCGACGCCGUGCAGUCCAGCAAGUGGGGCCUCCUGGGGUGGCUCAACAACAAGGACACCACGCCGAUCAUCGACAGCUUCAGCCAGGCCAGCGCCGACCUCGUCGACAUCCACGCCUCCGUGCUCUUCCAGGCGCUGCACUCGGAGAGGCAGUACCUGCGGAUCCAGGACGACAAGCUCACGGGAGAGAUGUCGUCCGUCGACGUGUCCACCGUGGAGAACCUGAACCGCCUCGUCGACGUCGGCAAGGGGCUGCUGAAGAAGCCGGCGUGCAAGGUGAACAUCGAAACGGGCAAGAACGAGCCCGACGCCCACAGAGGCACCACCAAUGGGGAUGAACUCGUACGUUUUGCCAAGAUGCUGGUACGGGAGCGCCGGGCCAGGCUGCAGAAAAAAGGCAACGACAACACACUCUAA